AUGCGAGAAAAAGUGGAAAACUGCAUUGUUAAAGAGAAGAGGGCAGACGACUGGAUCGAUAUCUGGUGGGGCAAUGCUAAUGGACCAAUGGAAAAUGGAGAAGAUUCAUGGGAAAGAGGAUUUAGCACAACUUUUCGACAACAAUCCACUAAUCACCAAGGAUCUCUACGGAACUUGCCACAAUCCGGCACCGGAAUGGAUUGCGAAACAUCGGGUUUGCGCCGCCACUCCGGCCGUCGGUCCGCAAUUAUCGGCGGCACUGACCCGACAACCGCGACGCAUCUAGUCUGCGUUUCCGAUUUCAUCGUGCUCUUUCAUCGUUUCUGUUUGGCUGCAGCGCGGCGCAAUAGAAGCCGUCGGGCAUAUCGUUGGGUAAAUCCAGACGAAGUCAACUGA